AGACUCUGAGCUCUCCGUCCUCCCUGGGCGGACCUCAAUGAGACGCGGAGGCUGCGGGAGCCGGAAUGUUCCAGAAGGGGACCAACGGCACCCUGUAGGGGGCAGUGUGGGAAGAGCGACCCCAAACUAGCUGAGUCUCCGACUUCGCCAGUCAGACGCAGGGACCCGUGGACACGCUGAGGCACGGGCUGCUGAGGAAGACCAGGCAUCCUCUGGAGAUGGCGUUCCUAGUGGCCUUGCUCGUAGUUCUGGGCUUACAGUUGGUGCAGAGUAACGCGCUCACCUGCCAUGUGUGUGAGGCGCAGAACAGCUAUGCCUGCUCGAAUCCGUCCCAGUGCCCUGGAGAAAAGAAAUUCUGUUUGUUGGCCGUCACACGAAUUUUUGAACGUUUCUUCUAUGUGUCGAAACAGUGCACCCGAAGGUGUCCAACCCCCGUAGUCAGCCCGCCUAGCACUAAUCCACCAUCUGAGCCUAAGGAGUUUCUGAUAGAAAAACCCAUGCCCUUCCUAUUUUAUAAGUGCUGUCAAUGGGACUCAUGUAAUGGUGAGGGGCCACCCACUGACCAGCUCUUAAAGGAACAACCUGGGAAAGCCAGUGGGAGAAGACAUAGAUACAUUGAGCUGUUACUGACUGGCUUCAUGGUCCUUACUGCUAAUGGCCUCUCAGCCCUCUGCCUGCUGUAAGUCACAGAAGGACCUGGAUCAUGCCUUGUGGGUCAUGAAUUCUCUGUACCCCUGCUGGAUCCUUCUAAUUAAAUUUGUUUUUCCUUCGUC